AAAGGCUGAACCUGCUGCAGCCUAGAGAGCUCCAGGCUGCGGAGAAGGCAGUUAGGAAGUGUGUGCGUGUUUGUGAACUCUGAGUAGUGUUCAGUUCUGUGACCUUCGCCUCCCACUGGGUGGAGUAGGGGCUCUAAGAGCAGCUGGAAUGCAGUCGUCCUGAUCUGCUCAGCCAGUGGUUGCCUGUUAGAACCUCUGCUAGGCCAGGAGAGAGGUGCUCAGAGCUCAAACGGCCUGCCUCCCUCUGCCCUCACCGCUGCCUCUGAUCGCCUGAGCAGGAAGCUUCCAGCAAGGGAGUAGAUUCCCACCUGUCCAGCCAUGGGAGAGGACGCUGCCCAGGCAGAGAAAUCCCGGCACCCAAAUGCUGAAAUGCGCCAGGAAAAGCCAUCGAGCCCUAGCCCGAUGCCAUCAUCCACACCAAGCCUGAGCCUGAACCUGGGGUCCACGGAUGAGGCCAUCAGGGACAACUCGCAGGUGAAUGCCGUCACUGUGCACACGCUUCUGGACAAGCUGGUGAACAUGCUGGACGCCGUGAAGGAGAACCAGCACAGCAUGGAACAGCGGCAGAUCAGCCUGGAAGGGUCCGUGAAGGGCAUCCAGAACGACCUCACCAAGCUCUCCAAGUACCAGGCUUCCACCAGCAACACCGUGAGCAAGCUACUAGAGAAGUCCCGCAAGGUCAGCGCGCACACGCGCGCCGUCAAGGAACGCAUGGACAGGCAGUGCGCGCAGGUGAAACGGCUGGAGCACAACCACGCCCAGCUCCUGCGAAGGAACCACUUCAAAGUGCUCAUCUUCCAGGAAGAAAAUGAGAUCCCUUCCAGUGUGUUUGUAAAAGAGCCGCUUUCCAGCCCCGCGGAGGGAAAGGGGGAUCUUGCGGACGAGAACAGGUCCCUGGAGGAAACGCUGCACACCGUGGACCUCUCCUCGGACGACGAGCUGCCCCGCGGCGAGGACGCCCCGGAAGAGAGCGCAGAUGAGCGCAUGGAAGAAAGCAGGGCGGAGAAGAUAAAGAGGUCCAGCCUCAAGAAAGUGGAUAGCCUCAAGAAAGCGUUUUCUCGCCAGAACAUCGAGAAAAAAAUGAACAAGCUGGGGACAAAGAUCGUGUCUGUUGAGAGGAGAGAAAAGAUUAAGAAGUCGUUCACGUCCAAUCACCAGAAGCCAUCCUCAGGGUCCUCGGGGAAAAGUUCCCCCUUCAAGGUUUCUCCCCUCAGUUUCGGUCGGAAGAAAGUUCGAGAUGGAGAGAGCCCCGCGGAGAAUGAGACCAAGUCAGAAGACAUAGCUGGCAGUGACCAGAUGCUGAAUGACCACGACCACGAGAACCCGUUCGCUGAGGAUAUGGCUGAAGACGAUGGAGGAGGAGAUGCAGAGCAGGUGGCGUUGAAAGGGGGCAACUCGGGGAAAGACAGCAAUGUCGACUUGACCAUCGCGGAAGACGAGGAAGAGGCGUCGGUGGUCCUGGAACAGGCACAGCAGGUGCGCUACGAGGGCGGCUACGAGAGGGAGCAGCAAGCUGGUGGGGAAGCUGCACAGCCAGCGGUGCUACGGGUCGACCAGAUGGCCUGAGCGCACAGCCCGAGCCUGGAGCCAGUUCCCCGCUUCCCUGGCCAGCACUGCCCACUCCCCACCAUGAUGCCCAGGACAUAAGCACAGGUCACACAGUAGCAUCAAAUCUAUGUGACAUGGAGGAAGCACCUGCCAGCAGCUCCACUUUUAAUUUCCUUUUAGGUUCUGAUUCUGUUGAAUGUCUCCAAGGCUGCCAGGAGGAAGAAAUCAAACAGUCAAAAACCACUGACCUAUUUGGCUUAGUCGUAAAACCUUAGAGGAUAUUUAAGAUACUGGUCAUGAAAUGUGAUUUAAUUUUUGGUCAUCCUAUCAGCUUGCUGAGUGGUGUACCAGUAAUAUAGUGAAUUUAUACAGUAGUGUGAAUUCUUAUGCUUUAAGUGUGUGAUUUAUAAUAUACAUGAGUACAUAAGCUAAACACAUAACUAUAUAUUUAAGAAGACAACAUUUACAAAAGGUGAAGAAUGUUAAGAUAGUUACUUAUUUAAAAGAAGCCAUUAUUUUAUUGAAAGUGAAGGAUAAAAAUGAAACACUAUGAUAGCUAAUGACAUGAGGUAUAGUGUAAAGUCAGGGCUGUUAGAAAACUAAGAUGAAAAAAGUUGGAAAGUGAGAGAAAUGGAAGCAAAAAAAGAUGCCAAAAAGAAUUAAGAAAGGGAGAAAAAAGUAUGUGCAUAAAAGUGAAUUUCACACUAUUAAUCAUGACAGUUUUCCUUUUAAAAUAACAAUAUUAAAGAAGUUCAUGUAUCAUACAAUAUAUAGUACCUUUUUUCUGAGACAGGGUCUCAAGUAGCUCAGGCUGACCUUUAUAGCAGAGGUUCACCUUGAAUCCUGAUCCUGUUGCCUCCGCCUUCUGUGUGCUGGGAUUACAAGUGUGAACUACCUGGCCCAGCUUCAGAAACAGCAUCUUCACAAUAAUUUUAUUGUCCAACAUUUUCAAAUAAUAUAACAAAUCUGGUUUGGUGUUAAAGCUGUAUUUCUUCUUAAUGAGUAAAAUGUAUUACAAAAAUAUGUUGUCUUUUUAACACCUGCAAAAACUAAUUAAUAUGUAUUGUCUUUUAUUUGAAGAUAGAUCACACUAAUAUUUUCCAAGUUUGAAAUAAUCCCUGCACUUCAAGUAGUAUGAUGUGGGUUUGUAAGAUGUUAAAAAUCUACAUGUUUGAGAAGGGAAGAGAUGCUCUGUUUGGGGUUUUUUUUUUUUUGUAAAUAACGAUACUUUCAUUCCAGGUCAUAUUUUAUUUAUACAUUAAUUUCACAGAAUAUUAAUUUUUUGUACUUCUUAAAGCAUGCUACUGUUUUAUGCUAUGCACAUUCAUUCAAAUAGUAAUUUUUAUGGCUGCCUAACAUACUAGGACUUGCUUUAUCUAGUUUUUAUUAAAAAUUCUAAUGAUUUAUUAAAUUAUAGUUUAGACAUAGUGGAGCCAGGGAUCAAAUUCUCUACCUUUAGUACUAGAGGUAAUUUUACAAAUAUAGGUAGUCCAAGCUAAACUGUGUCUUUAAUAAAAGGGAUGGCAUUAACAUAAUGUACUGAUGGUAUAACCUAUUCAGUUAUGUCCUUGUUUUGCAAUAAAUGUAACCCCAAAUAUUGGAUUGUUGAACUAACAAUGCCUGUGUUAAAGAAGAUUAAAUAAACCAAAAAAUAACAAGUA